UCUUCCCCGGCGCGGCCGCCAUGGACACCAGCCGCGUGCAGCCCAUCAAGCUGGCCAGGGUGACUAAGGUGCUGGGCCGGACCGGUUCGCAGGGGCAGUGUACGCAGGUGCGUGUGGAGUUCAUGGACGACACGAGCCGCUCCAUCAUCCGCAACGUCAAAGGGCCGGUGCGCGAGGGGGAUGUCCUCACCCUGCUGGAGUCGGAGCGCGAAGCUCGGCGGCUGCGCUGAGCCGGUGACGAAGCUGGACGGUGUCUGCUCGGAGCGGGCGGUGGGCAUCGGCGUGGCCAGACAUGGGGCCUGGCUGGGAAGGAGAACAGUGGGUGCCUUCCUGCAAUAAAGUGGUUUUACAGUA